GAGCAAUGUGAGGGCGGACUAGCAGAGUGUAUGAGGCAGCGGCUGAUACUGCGCGCCGGCCGGUCGCCUUUGUAGGCAGCCUGUAUGUAGAGCAUGCGCACUGAGCGUAGGGGUGAUAAUAACAGGGGUUUACAGAUAACAAUGGCUUCCUCCAAGCGUAUGGCAGAUCUUGGAUAUAAGAUGUUUUCUGGAACCAUGAUGCUGCUGACCCUGUAUGGCGGGUACCUGUGCAGUAUCCGGGCGUAUCGUUACUUCAAGCGGCAAGAGCAACUGCAAGCGGCAGCGGAGAACCAGACAGAAGCCAUCCUUAAGGACUGACCUCAGGACUGUCCACAGGAGACACUGCCUUCCUUGAAGUUAUUCUCCAUCCACAUUACCUGCCAACAACCUGUGGAAUCCAGAUGUGCAGUGGAGCUGCGUUCGCAUUACUGGGCUGUAAUUUAAAUUUAUUUUUCUUACAUGAAUUUUUUUAUUUCUCUUCAAUUAAAUGUCAUAUCUGUUCUA